AGAGCGAGGAUAAAAAGAAUGAAAAUUUUCACCCGAGAAACGACGUCGUGUGCCACUUGGUUCUCUAGAACCGCGGAGCGUGAAUCGUAGAGAAGAGACGACAAAUCGGUGACCGGAAGCACUGAGCCUGUGACGGCAGCCACCGUCUUCGUCGCCGGUGGAUUCCGCUUUCAUCCACUUUCACUCCCUUGCAUCUGAAUUUCUGCAGAGUGAGUUGCAGUUGCAGGACCUGCAUAAAAUGCUUCUUCGGAGGAUUUUUACUGCAUGUCCUCAAUCAAAGAGGAUGUUCAGCUCUUCUGUUAGCCACGGCUAUGAAAGUGCUAUUCAAGAACUCAACAAGGAAAUGGAAUUGGUAUUUGGUGAACCUCCUGCAAAUACACUAGCUAGCUCUGCAAGCAAUAGUCAUUUGAACAAUGAACCCCAGCUGUCAUCUCAAAACAUAGGUGUAAGUUCUUCUGAAUUGACUCAUACUGGCAAAUCAGGGGAAGCUCAAAUGGUAGACGUGUCUCCUAAAGAAAGUAGUAAAAGAACUGCCAUUGCUGUUUGCAAGGUAAUUCUUGGAAAGAAGGUGUUUGAUUUGGUCUUGGCCAAUCAAAUGGCGAAAGGAGAUGUGCUUACUGUGGCGAAAAUUGCUGGCAUAACAGCAGCAAAGCAAACUAGCAACCUCAUUCCGUUGUGCCAUAACAUAAGCCUUUCACACGUGCAAGUAGAUUUGAGAUUGAAUCAUGAAGACUUCAGUCUAACAAUAGAAGGGGAAGCUGCAUCAACAGGUAAAACCGGGGUUGAGAUGGAAGCAAUGACAGCAGUGUCUAUUGCAGGCUUAACGGUGUAUGAUAUGUGUAAGGCUGCUUCAAAAGAUAUAGCUAUUACGGAUAUAAGACUUAAGCAUAAAUCUGGUGGGAAAAGUGGAGAGUACUGGUGGAGACAAUGAUUGUUUUAUACGCAUUUUAAUGACACCACCAAGAAUGCUAUUCUUCUGUUAGUUGUUCUCAGCUGCAUAGCUCUCUAUUCAUGAUUUCCCUGUAAUGAAUGCGUGAAUACUGGGGCUACCUUUGAUGAAGUACCUUCUAAUAGUUGCGCUUUCACUUGUCUCA